CUAAGGAGCAUGACAUCAUUUACAUGCCUUAAAUGAUACCUCUUUAUCUACCUAUUUUGCCUAAAUACCUAUUUACGCUACAUGUGUAAAUGCCUUUUUGGAGUCCCACCCGGAUUCUUUCGCAACUGAGAAGAACCUCAUUUCCCAUGAUGCACCGCGCAGGGCGUAGAGCACUUCCUUCCUCGUCAACAUGGCGGCUCCUGUGACACUGCUGCUCAUUGUAGCCGUUACGAUCCGCGCCGCCCUGUACCGCUCCGGUGUGGCGGACCUGGUGUCGGAGCGAGUGGAGGUGGUGUCUCCGCUGACCGCCUGGAAGAGAGUCGUUGAAGGGUUGGCUCUUCUGGAUUUAGGCGUGUCGCCGUAUUCUGGAGAUGUUUUCCACGAGACUCCUCUCAUCAUCUACCUCUUCCACUUCCUGGUGGACUACGCAGAGAUCACAUUCAUGCUGGCGGACGUGAUCACUGCGCUGGCCCUCUACAUGACCGUGAAGGACUACAACAAACAAGUGUUCAGGAAGCAGAAGUACGCGUUGGAGGCCGACCGCUACCCGCUGGACUGUCUGGAGCUCAUCAGGAGCCCCAGAGAAAUGUACUACAUCCCCCUGAAGGUGGCCAUGUUCUACCUUUUGAACCCGUUCACCAUCCUCUCCUGCGUUGCCAAGUCCACCUGCGGCCUGAACAACGCCGUCAUUGCCCUCUUCAUCCUGUGCACCGUCAAAGGCAACAUGCUGCUCAGCGCCAUCUUCCUGUCUCUGGCCACCUACCAGUCCAUCUACCCCCUGACCCUGAGCGCCGCCGCGCUGCUCUACCUGAUGCAGCGUCAGUACAUCCCAGUGAACGUCCGGCGGUUCAGCUUCUGGUGGUUCGUGGCUCAGUACGCCUUCAUGUACCUGGGAAGCCUGCUGGUCCUCGUGGGCCUGUCCUUCUUUCUGCUGGGCUCCUGGGACUACCUUCCCUCUGUCUACGGCUUCAUUCUCUCAGUGCCGGACCUGACCCCCAACAUCGGCCUCUUCUGGUAUUUCUUCGCCGAGAUGUUCGAACACUUCCGCCUCUUCUUCCUCUGUGUCUUCCAGAUCAACGUCUUCUUCUAUACCGUCCCUCUGUCCAUCAAGCUCAAGGAGCAUCCAGUGUUCCUGAUCUUCAUGCAAUUGGCUGUGAUCUCCAUCUUUAAGUCUUACCCCACUGUGGGAGACCUCUCUCUCUACCUGGCCUUCCUCCCCAUGUGGAGUCACCUCCACAGAUUCUUGAGGAACAUCUUCUUGGUAUCCUGCGUCCUGAUCGCCUGCUCUGCUCUGUUCCCGGUCCUCUGGCACCUCUGGAUCUACGCGGGUAGCGCCAACUCCAACUUCUACUACGCCAUCACGCUGCUGUUCAACGUGGCGCAGAUACUGCUGGUGUCUGAUUAUUUCUACGCCUUCCUGAGGAGAGAACACCAUCUCAGCUACGGACUCUACCUGAAGAGGAAAGACGGCUCUGAGGCCACGUUGGUGCUGAAAUGAAACUCGUGGGGGACUCAAGGGAACAAACACAACCUGAGGAGGCUCAGGGCCUUCACAGCGUCUCUCUGGUACGACGUCAACCGCAAAGAAGUCCCAACACACUACAUGAACACACUAUCGUGCAGAGACGUGACGUGGAAAUCCCACCAUCAACUCUGCUUUGUGUUUCUUUUCUGAAGCGCCCUUAUUUUAAAGCCUCACUUGCACCUCCAACCUGUGUGAUGCAAGUCUGGUCACAACAAGUUUAUCCGGAAAGAAUUUAUGUUGAAGCACCAACUCUCACACAGAUUGUUCUAGAUUGGAAAGAAUCUUCUUAUUUUGAAGUUUUCUCCUCCACACACAUCUUUUACUUUUGGUUCCUUUCUGUUGGGGAAAUAGUUUAAGGGUUUUUCUGGAUGCCUCAUCUGAUCUUUAGUGAACUUAUUCCACAUUUUCCGUUUCCACUCAUCGUUGAAGUGGUCGGCUCCUCUGAGGCUGCACCACGCAGCUGAGACACGUCUCUACCAAGUAGGAAGCUGGCGUUGACCUCUAACGUGAAUCAAGCGCCCCGGUACGCUCACGGUGGUGAGGACUACUCAUGUACAUAAUACUCAUCUGAGUACUCUUUAUACAAACAGGAAGUGAUCCAAACAGCUCUCUUUGAUACGCUUUAGUUUUGUCCUCCUCUGCAGUUUGGAUCGUUUCUUUUUGCAUUGCAUUGUGGGACUGGGAUGUUGACUCCACACUCACUGACUCUUUAAGAAUGCUGCUUAAGAUUACUGGAAACAAUAAUGUGAUAAAAUAUUCCAAAUAAUUGUCUGAUUGGAUUUCAUUUACACUUUUUAAAAUAAACCCUAAUGAGACGUGUUGUGACAUUUUAAUGUGUGUCUUCUGACGUCCACACACAUUAGUUUCAUAAUUGCAAAAACAUCAUUCUGAAAAAAUAUUCCUUAUGAUUUCUACAUUGCAAGCUAAUUAUUUGGUGUUCAUGUAAAAUCACAAACAUUAACCCUGUGGAUGUUAUAAUUUAUUUGCUCUUUUCUGAUUCUUUGGUUUUUGAUACUGUACAUAUGAAUGUGUUGGAUUUUUGUUACAGAUAUUAAAAUGGUUUGAACUGG